CGCUCACUGAAUCAUGGCUGCGCUUCUUCUUCUCACUCUCCUCUCUCUGUCCCCCAUAUUCCUUUCUCUCGCUUUAGGUAUAAACAUUGACUGUGGAACAACCGGAUCCUACGAAGACUCCAACAACGUAACAUGGGUCGGAGAUGAUGACUUCGUCACGACCGGCAUUGUCAAAGAGAUACCGAACGUUGCCACAAAGCCAUACAACACUCUCCGGUCUUUUCCAAGCAAUCAUAGUAACUGCUACACCAAAAUUCCGGUGACAAAAGACCAGAAAACACUUGUGAGGACGAACUUUUACUACAGUAACUACGAUAAUGAAGAAUCGCCACCAUCUUUCGACUUGGUUUACAACCAGAUACACAAGUAUUCUAUUAAAAUUCCGAAGACCAACGACGAGGAGAAAAUAUAUUUCUUAGAGGCGAUAUUUUCUCCGGCUAAUGAGGAUAUCAGCGUUUGCCUCGUCCGCACGUAUCGAUGGGGUACUCCUUUUAUAUCUUCCAUUGAAGUUUACAGCUUCGAUGCCGGCAUGUACGCCGAACUUGGUCCUGACGAAAGUCUCAUUCCCAGAGGUAGAGCUAGAUACGGUGACGAAGAGUUUAUAAGUUACCUAGAUCCUUACGGUAGGGUAUGGGACUCGUCAUUGUCCCAAGAAAAUCCCAGCAUGACCGAUCUGACGACUUCAGCCUCAACGAUAAAUAUCACUGGGGCAUCAAACAACCCGCCCAUGGAUGUUAUGUUGCAGGCCUUGUCAGGAGACUUCAAACUGGCUCUCCCCUUAACAGGUUUACCGGCAUACUUGGCUCUUUACUUCUCAGAGCCUCGGGAUCUAAGUCAGACCCAUAAACGGUCGUUCAACGUGUUUUUGGACAACAAGCAAGUGGGUUCGGAUCCCAUCGUUCCGGUUUUUGGAGAAUCAAUUCAGGUCGUUGAAAGAGACAUAGUAGGCACUCCCCAGUCCCAGGUGACUUUUAAGCUUACUGGAGACUCGAAUUUGCCACCGAUCAUCAAUGCGUUGGAGCUGUAUUUGAUAAGAAAAGGCCAAAAAGGUGGUGAAAAUGGAGGGGGAGGAGGAGGAGGAGGAGGAGGAGAAGGAGGAGAAGAGAGUGGCUUUAGCGUGGAUGAUUUAGAAAUUUCAGAUAGGGACAAGGAUGGAAAAACGAAAACACGAGGAAACAAUGGAAUAAAAGUUUUAAGUAUUUUGGCAACCAAAGCUGGAGGAAAGACUAACAUUAGAUUACUACUCCUUCUUGUCAUUCCCUCCGGGGUUGUGGUUCUCGGCAUUUUGGCCUUUUUGGUGAGAAUGUUUUCCAACUCUAAGCCACAGUCCGAGACGACGGCAUCAACCACGUCCAAAGGGAUAUCGCCUCUAGUUGGAAAGCAGUUGAAGAGCGAUGAAAGAAACCCAGGGCAUGGUGAUGAGCUGAUUGCAUAAAACGGUUCAUAUAUUGUUCACCAAGAUGAUCAUCGUGCACAUGGACUGGCCUACUCACCAAUCACUUGGAAAGAUGUUCAAAUAUUCUAAAUUAUUCAUUGAUGCAAAAGUUUCAUGCGUUGUUGUUGUUGUUGUUCUCAUUUUAAAUCUUUCAACUUCUCCUUCUUGUCAAAUCUUUCAUACAUCAAAUAAUAAACAUGAUACGUGAUAACGAUAAAAUGUAGUAUCAUUGUAUUUUAAUGAGCAUUAUCAUGUAAGUUGAAGCCA